AAAGUCCAAACAAAAGAAUCCCAGACCCCGCCCGUCCCGCCUGAGGAUGGUUCCGACGGAUGCAGCUGCGGCUGCGAAUGCCACGCUCCCCCAUCAACAGGGAUGCCAAUCCACAUCCUCUCCGACAUCUGUCAUCGCAAAGGAUGGGAUGAACCGGAGUACUCGAUGACACAAACUGCUAAUGGCUACCUAGCCACAGUAUCCAUGCGAAGCACACUAUCCAGCGGCGAAAGCAUCGUCCUCCCCUUCAAGGCACGGGAUAGUCUCCGCGCUGCGUUCACUAAUGCAGAGGAGGAGAUUGCGAAGAACAAUAUAGCGGUGUAUGUCCUCUUCUGUAUAGGUGAGCAUAGCUCGGAUUUGCCGCGGGGAUGGCGGGGGUUGUGGAAGAGGGAGUUUGAGAGGAUCCAGACGGCUGAUGUUAAGGAGGGGAGGGCAGCAUCGGCUCCUAGGUGAUUAGAUUAGGGAGUACCGAGUACGACUUUACAUAUCAUUGGACUAGUGAUUUGACUGACAUGCAUUAUAUCUUUCAAAGAAUUAUUUACAUUCCCU